AUGGCUACAGUCUGUGCAAGACCAGCGCUAGUGGGCCCACGAGCAUCAGGUUCGCAGCAGAACAUCAACACCUCGUCCCGAGGGAAGCCAUCCGCUGUCCCAAACAAGCAUCUCCCCGAUACAUGUUCUCCUGGUCCCACACCAACCAAGCUGCAACAGCAGCAGCUCCAAACCCCGCCAGAAUCACCCGACGCGCCUGACAAUAGCCAAAUCAUCGAUCUGCCAUCUCUGCUGGUCGAAGCCGACAAAUAUCCCAGAAUCAGCGAGAACCCACCUGUCUAUGCAUUGACCGCUAAAGAGCUCCAUGAAGCAUUGGAACACACUGCUACGCGCCCCUUGCCAGACACUAAGACUGUCUUCCCCUGGCUCCAUGGCCUGCACCCCGACAACAACAUUCAAUUGACCUACUUCUCGGCGCGUAACAAGAAGCAUUAUAGACGGGCUCCUCGCACUCUGCGCGGCAUAACUGUAGUCAAGGCAGGAGGAGAUCUUAGUCACUCCAAGAUCAGGGGUGCCAUUGCGCCCGAUGAGCUAUUGCUUGCUACCAAGACCGGCGAGCAAAUCUCAACCUUCCUUGAAGUCGAUCCUAGAGAUGGCUUUUCAAUCCGUAACUUCCAGAUUCAAGCAGCCAAAAUGGCCACUAUGAGCGACAUCGUCAUCUACGCCGAUGACAAGACAUCCAAGUCGGCGCUCAACAAAUUGGCGUCCCUGAUUGCUAGAGCCCAGAAAGUCUGGAGAGAGAAGGAUAGAGACAAUGACGCCGAAGUCCCACAAUUCCACACAUAUGUGGUGAAUGGUAACUUGAACCAAGUUCAGAGCGACGAACCACUUCUAACCCUUUCCNNAGAUUCGUUCUCAAAGUUACAAUCCGAGCAUCCUGAAAUCGUGGCUAUCGAUGACAAGGGCAACAUGACCGGCGCAAUCAUGGACUUCUUCUACUCGGAGAGAUACGAGAUGCACACUAUGUCUUCGGCGACUGAGAUAGCGAACAAUGUAUGGCUCGGCCCUACGCCAGACCCUUCUUUGACAGUGCCUUCCGAUCCAGAUGCUGCACUGCCGUCCGCAGCACAAGCUUAUGAUCUCUUUGUGGAAGCGACUGAUCCAGCUCAACUUCCGGACAAGAAAGCCUUCCAGCUGAUGGAAAGCCUUCUAUCAAACCCGAAAGUCUCCAACAAUGCGAUUCCUCAACUGGAGUUUCCAGGCUCUGGCUCGAUCAUGCCUCCGACGUGGUCUCAGUCCGAGGUAGACGCUUUGAUGGACACAGUAGCGUGGCUAUACCAGCAAGCGAACCCGGAUUACGAAGAGCCGAUCCAACGCAAGGACAGUCAGCAAAUGACUCCACCCAAAUACCGGGAUGUAGAUGGUGAUAUUGGCAUGAUUGAUCUCGACCUUGGUGCCGGUCGCGAAGGCAGGAAAGUCCUUAUCCAUUGCACAGAUGGGUAUACUGAGACGUCUUUGCUGGCACUCGCCUACUACAUGUACGCCAACUGUGCGACGGUAGACAGGGCUUACGUGGAACUCCACACCAAGCAUCAACGUAACCUCUUCUCGUACCCCACUGAUGUCGCUCUUCUGAGUUCGAUCCAGCCUAGGAUUCUGCAGGCAUCUCCCAACUCGACCAAUUCGAUGGCAGCGCUGUGCCAGCCUACCCCUCGAUGGCUCGGCAAAAUGGACGGCUCUCUUCCUUCCAGAAUCAUGAAUUACAUGUAUCUGGGAAACCUUGGCCACGCCAAUAACCCAGACUUGUUGCGUGAACUCAACAUUGGACAGAUCCUUAGUGUUGGCGAGACGAUCAGCUGGACCAGUGACGAGACCAAGAGAUGGAAGGAUGACGCUCGCACGAAAGACAGCAUUCUCUAUGUCGAUGGUGUUCAGGACAAUGGUGUGGAUCCGCUUACAUCGUCCNNCUUCUCCAGAUGCUUAGAGUUUAUNCAGAAAGGGAAGAGAGGCUGGUGUUGCCACUCUUGUCCACUGCAGAAUCCAGANUACGAACUGUUGAAGUGGGAGGAAUACCAGUGUUCCAAGCGCGGUAAACCAGUCCGCAGAGAACUCGAAUGGGGCACGAUCGCCCGCGAAAUUGCAGCCAUGAACCGACCAUACUCGCGGCAGUAG